AUGGUAACGCGAACAACGUCAGCAAAGAUCAGAGAGAUAGCUAAGAAGCUCCAUCUAGUUCCUUUUGACGGUGGUGCACUUUUACUUGUUUCGCAAGAACACGCCUUUGCAACUUCCAAUUCUCCUCGUUUAGGUCGACCAUCCUCACAUCCUCGGGGUCUCAUCUCGGCGCGUAAAAAUACUCCCACUGCUCUCCAACUGAACGAAGUCUGGGCUACAUCGUCACUCCGCGCUAUUGCUUCACCGGUGGUUGGACUGAAUAGGCCUUAUAACGCUAUCCUCUCAGAGAGCAUAAUUGUUCAACAUCUGUCAGACAAGCAUGAUGGAAGAUUAGCUUUCCGAUGUAGACCUGUGGACCAGGCCAAUUGA